ACGAAGACGGUACCACGCAUGCGCACAGGAGGGGGAGAGAAAAAAAAAAAGCCAAAGCGUCACGGAGCGGUGCAGCAGCAGUGUAUGUGUGUGUGUCCUCAUCACGAAGAGAGAGAGUGAACGGGAAGCAGCACCUCCGCCUUUUCCAUCCAACAUCUUCUCAGAACUCGAGUGGGAACGCGCUCAACUACACCUAGUCCGUACUCCCCCCCUCUUCUUCCUCCUCUUCAAAAUGUCCGUGGGCAGUGACUUUGGGAAUCCUUUAAGAAAAUUCAAACUCGUCUUUCUCGGGGAGCAGAGUGUUGGAAAGACGUCUUUGAUCACACGGUUCAUGUAUGACAGCUUUGACAACACAUAUCAGGCCACAAUUGGAAUCGACUUCCUGUCGAAAACCAUGUACUUGGAAGAUCGAACGCCUCCUCAGCUUUCACUCUCUGAACCCCAGGUGAGGUUGCAACUCUGGGACACAGCAGGACAAGAGCGCUUCAGGAGCCUCAUCCCCAGCUAUAUACGGGACUCCACCGUGGCCGUGGUGGUCUACGACAUCACAAAUGUCAAUUCUUUCCAGCAGACAUCAAAAUGGAUCGAUGAUGUGAGAACGGAGCGAGGCAGUGAUGUCAUAAUCAUGCUUGUUGGCAAUAAAACAGACUUGGCAGACAAGAGGCAAAUCACAAUCGAGGAAGGCGAACAGAGGGCUAAAGAGCUGAGCGUCAUGUUCAUAGAGACCAGUGCCAAGACAGGUUACAACGUCAAACAGCUGUUUCGGCGUGUAGCUGCUGCCCUUCCAGGGAUGGAAAGCAUGCAAGAAACCAGCAAAGAAGGGAUGAUUGACAUCAAGUUGGACAAACCGCAGGAGCCCCCGACCACUGAGGGCGGCUGUUCCUGUUAAUGCUCUGCACCCAUCCUGAGGGGGAAAAAAAGAAAACAUCAUUUACACCACAUGCUUGUUUUGUUGCUUCCUAUUGGUUAACCGCAGUUGACUUUGCACGUUGCGAAUCUGGCCUCCUCACCUGACGACUGGUCAUCGGUUGGAGUGAGCAGUGUGUGGGUUUGGUUCGAAAGUAGCCUGGUUUUAUUAACAAAACUGCCAAGUUUAAAAAAAAAAGAAAAAGAAAAGAAAAAUCCUACAACUUGCUAAAAAAGGAUGUUUGUGGAGGAGAGAACACCAAGUUGCUUUAUGUGUACAUUUUUUAAAGAGUUUCCCCAGUUUCUUUUCUAUUUUUGUAUUCAGGGAAAUCUCUCCGGAAAAGAGUCAUUCCAUAAAAAUCAGUCGAUGCCUCCCACCUGGCCCCCUGUGCUUUUUUCUUUUAAGUGUAGAAUAACAUUAGUGUUUAAGUGUUAGUUUAGUGUUACAAUAGCAUUAGUGUUUAACACAUACUAUGAAUAUUUUCUGAGUUACAGACCCCUAAAGUACAUUUUUUAUUUCACCUUACUGAUUUCUGUCUGUUAUAAAAGUUCAGGAGAUGAAAAAAGCAAAUCAGUGUUAGGCUGUCAACAUGAUAGGAUCUGUAGAGUGACAGAAAUAUCAUUGGUAUUUCUAGUAAUUCAGUGGAGAAAUUAAAACAAAAAAAAAAGUGAGAUAUGUGGCUGAUCCAAAUAAGUUAUAGCAUCUGAAAUGUGACUUACAUUUUGAUCUUCUUGUUGUGAGUCCUCCUGUGAUAACACGCUUGAAUGUGGCUUAUGAAACAACAGUGGUGUUGUUAUGUUCUGUGAAAUGGGUUAAACAUGUCAGCCUAUGUAAGCCUGAAAAUAUUCAUAGUCUGAAGGUAGAACUCUGCAUGACUUCAGUAAAUAUCUUGAAGUUACUGUACAUACACAACGUGCUGACUCUGAGGGAGCCAGGUGGGAACUUUUUAAGAUUUUGUUGAUUUAUUUUUUUGUUGUUUUUCUUUUUCUUUGUUUUCUUUUUUGUUUUUUAUGGAAUGACCCAACAAGCUCUGUGUAUGAGAGCUGGACAAGAGACGGUAGGCUUGGAUAUAUUUUUAUGGAUGCCACUGCUGUUAUGGGCAAAUGCAGAAAUCCCCCAAACUGCAACCACUGAAAACUUGUGUAACUCCUAAUAGACCUUUUUUUCCAACUUCCCCUCUGCCCAUAACUCAGGUGGGAUCCAUAACUUGGUGUUUGAGUCAUUACAGGACAAAGCGAACUUCUCGAGUAUCUAAUGCAUGCCUAGUUUUUAAGCAUAGGUACUGUUUACCCGUGUACACAAGUUUGAAUAUGUAAAUGGUAACAUUACACCCCUGACUCAAUGCACUCGGAUGACGACUAGUCCAAGUCUUUUUUUUUCUGUCUGUUUGUUUACGAACUGGAUUUGUAUACUUGACUACAGGAUAUGUUUUUGUCGUGUGUGUGUGUGUGCGUGCGUGUGUGUGGGUGUAAACGUGUGCUUUCUGCAUCGGCAACGUUAGAAUGCAGUCACAUAGAGGGCCACUGACAAGUCGCAUCAUCCUCGCCACAUUACGGCAACUUCGGGGUCACCGUUUUCACCUGUCAGCUGCUGUUGCAUUGUGUGGUAUCUUGGUGUUUGUGAUUAUGAUGCACAUACAGUGUACUUACUGUAAGCGAGCAGCGGAGGAUCAAAGCCCUCGCCUUGGGUCACAGAGGACAGGCUAAAGUUCCCUGAUGACCGGUUCUGUGUUCAAACCGACCUUUAACAUUGUAAAUCAGUUUCAUUCCUGACAAUAGACUAAUUUGCACAUGUAGACCUUUCAGGUUAAUAUGAAGUUAUGAGAAGCUUCAUGGUAAAUGUACAGUCACUUAAUUCAAAGACAUUUCUGAUUGUCAUAGAAACUGUCGUUUCGUGUUCCCACUGAGAUGAGGUUUUUUUGUUGUUGUUGUUGUUGUUUUUUAUGUUUGUAGUAUGAGGAUCCAUUUGUGCCAUAAUUAUGUUCACACAAAGACACACUAAGCAUUUGUCAGCUGUGUUUGCAAUGCAUGCAGUGCAAACAGGCUUCCAACAGAAUCUUGAGGCAAAUGAUUGCAGUGAUUCUGUCGAGCGUGACUGUGAAGCGACGUAAAAACUGCUGUCGGUAUGAUGGUGAAAAACCAACCAUGGACAGACGUUGACUCUGGCUUCUCAUAAAAUAAAGAUGCAGUCAGACUGUCUCUUAUACUAAUAUAAGAUGAUCCAUAGUCCAGUGAUGAGGUGAGGUUGCGUCUCUUUCAUUUGUUUUUUUGAUCAAAGUCUAGAGCAAAGUCAACUGAUGAUUAUUCAGUGCCAAAAGUCUGCUGAAGUUCUAUAACCUCACCUGAUCAUUAUUUUUCCAUCAUUUAUGCUACAGAGCUGGCUUUUUAAAAGAUUUUACUGUGUUACAUGUCAAAAUGCUCUUCCCUAACAGCUCAGACUCACUUAGUAUUUAAUUCAGUUCAGGCACAGCCGACUGAGCGAGAGCCCUUCGGUCAACUAGGUGUCUGUGCAGACGAAGAAAAAGUCAAAAGGUUUCCCUGGAUGAAGGAUCCCUAGCUUUUGUCUGGAGAUCUCUUUUAAUUUUUCUGCUUUGAAAGCACCCAACAGUUGGUGCUCCUUUACACGCCUGUGGCUGCAGUGCAGGUUUCAAGUUUCGAGUUUUAUUGUCAUAUAAAGGAAUGGAAAAAUCAUAACCAGCAAUGAAUGCCCUGUACUUAGAGGCACACGAGUCCGAUGCCCACCCUGCAGCCGAGGUGGGUCAGCAGAGAUCUGCUGCUGUUGGGCAAAAACACCCACUAGUCUGGGACUGACUCUGCUCCAGAUGAUGCCAUGACGUCAUGUGUCUUUCUAUUUAUUUUAUCCCUUGUAAUAAGUAUAAAUCCUAUAUUGGAUGAGGCUCUCGUCUUUUUUAAGUGCUGCUCUGCUUGUCUCUCGUUUUUGUGAACAGACAUGAAAGUUUAAAAAACGCGGCCAGUUUUUUCAAAUCCGGUAAAACGAGCAGGGCGACUUUUCGGGCAUGUUUUGGCCACAUAGACAGCAGCCGUACAAAUGUAAUUUUGACACCAGUGGAUCCUCAUACUAGCACCUAAACUGACUGCUGCCGUUUGUAUGAUGCAAGGUUGCAAACGGCUCUUAAAAAUGUCCAGAGUCGUAGGAUUACGUGGCGGUUGUGAAGUCAGUCAGAACACUACUUUGACUUGUCUUUGAGGUGAAAUCUUUCCUGCACUUUUUAAGAACAUGUUUUAGAUUUAGAGUGACGAUGUUGAUGUUUUAGAAACAUGGUUAAAAAAUAAUAAUAUUUACUGUGUCUUAGAGUAGAAUCAAACAUGUAGGAAUUGUUCACGUUCACACAAAAAAAAACCACACAAAAAAAUAAAUGGGGGAGCACUCUGGUGAAAGCUAGUGAACCUUUCUAACCCACAUAAUGAGCCAAAUAAUAAGACUAGUGAGAGACGGGAUUGGUCAAAUAUGAUGGGAGAUCUGGACUGGAACAUACUGUUUUGCAGGUUGGAUUUUAAGUUUGAAUCCCUCAAAAUGAAAGUCUUGUAAUGUUUACUCUCUUUGUGUUGCUGCCUCGUGAGGAGGGAGGUAUUUAUGUUUCAAAUCACAGCAAAAUGAUUGAUCAUUACACACUCACACACUCGUAUUUAUUCCCCUUCGAUAUAAAAGUCCACCUUUGUUUCGUUGUUUCCUGUUAACAUUUCUCCUGAAAUGGACCAAGUGAUGCAGCAGAUGUCUUGUUGGGGGAGGCGUUGUGUGUUUGAGGAUGUGGGGGGGGGGAAGCCCUGUGCUCUGGCUUUCCAUUCACACUGUACAGAAAUCUAGCAUGUCUCUCCAAAUGAUUAAUAAAGAUGUCUUAUUACCAAAGUCA